CGCCAUGCGAGGUCUCUGGCUGGGUCUGGUGUCGCGGCGGCUUCUCCCGCUGCGGCUGCCCCCGCGGCCGCAGCAGCCGGCUGGAUCCUGGCUGUCGAGCGGGCCGGCGGCGGACGCCCUGAAGCGGGCCAUGGACGAGCUGCUACGCCGCUCCGUGCCCGCGGUGCCGGAGUACGAGCUUCGCGAAAAGACGCCGGCGCCAGCCGAGGGCCAGUGCGCGGACUUCGUGAGCUUCUACGCCGGCCUGGCCGAGGCGGCCGAGCGCGCCGAGUUGCUGGGCCGCCUGGCACAGGACUUCGGCGUGGACCACGGCCAGGUGGCCGAGCAGAGUGCCGGCGUGCUCCAGCUGCACCAGCAACCUCGGGAGGCGGCCGUGCUGCUGCAGGCUGAGGACCGGCUGCGCUACGCCCUGGUUCCGCGCUACCGCGGCCUCUUCCACCACAUCAGCAAGUUGGAUGGCGGCGUGAGCUUCCUGGUGCAGCUGCGAGCCGACCUGCUCGAGGUCCUGGCCCUCAAGCUGGUGGAGGGGCCUCACGUCCGGGAAAUGAAUGGAGUGCUGAAAGGCAUGCUCACAGAAUGGUUUUCCUCAGGGUUCCUAAACCUAGAACGGGUGACCUGGCAUUCGCCAUGUGAGGUGCUCCAGAAAAUCAGUGAGUCUGAGGCUGUGCAUCCUGUAAAAAAUUGGAUGGAUAUCAAACAGCGUGUCGGGCCAUACAGGCGGUGUUACUUCUUUUCUCACUGUUCAACCCCCGGGGAGCCCCUGGUGGUUCUGUACGUGGCGCUGACCAGUGACAUCCCCAGCAACAUCCAGACGAUAGUGAAGGAUUGUCCUCUCUCGGACACAGAGGAGAAGAACAAAAUUGCCGCCGCCAUCUUUUAUUCCAUCAGCCUGACCAAGCAAGGCCUGCAGGGGGUGGAGCUGGGCACCUUCCUCAUAAAGCGUGCGGUGAAGGAGCUGCAGAGAGAGCUUCCUCACAUUGGGACAUUUUCAAGUCUCUCUCCUAUACCUGGCUUCACCAAAUGGCUCCUGGGGCUCCUGAAAUCACAAGCAAAGGAUCAUGGGAAGAAUGAAUUAUUCACAGAUUCUGAGUAUAAAGAAAUCUCUGAGAUCACAGGGGAACCUAUUCAUGAGACCCUCAAGGUCUUUCUCAGCAGCAGCGAAUGGGUGAAGUCUGAAAAGCUGGUCAGAGUGCUCCAGGCCCCCUUGAUGAGGCUCUGUGCCUGGUACCUGUACGGAGAGAAGCACCGAGGCUAUGCCCUGAACCCUGUGGCAAACUUCCACCUGCAGAACGGGGCUGUGUUGUGGCGCAUCAAUUGGAUGGCUGACGUCAGCCCCAGGGGCCUCACCAGCUCAUGUGGCCUGAUGGUCAACUACCGGUACUACCUGGAGGAGACGGCCGCCAACAGCACCACCUACCUUUGCUCAAAGAACAUCAAAGCUUCCGAGCAGGUCCUCAGCCUGGUGACCCAGUUCCAGAAGAACAGCAAACUUUAAACCUCUCCCGAAGCAGAUGGAGACAUCCUCGGCUUGGGAAAGCCUAAUUUUCUGGAUGGGUCAGAGGGUGAUGGGGCAAAAGGAACUCUCUGAGUAAAGCAAAGUCACACUGCUUUCUCUGCCCACAGCAGGGCCACGCGGCAGGCCGGGCCCUACAGGUCAUUGUUCAAGGAAAAGCGCUAUACCUGAUGGUAAGGUGGUGGCAGGUACAGGUGGACACCGGCCGGGCGGGGAUGCAGUGCUCUCUCCAAAAGAUUCUGUUACUGUCUUUGGCCUGGCUGCCUGUCCAGGGUCGGUGCUGUGGCGCCUCUGUCUUCAGAAAGCCCCAGAGCCUCUGCUGGCUGUCAUCCCAGCUGAGUCACUCAGCCUCUCAAGGACCCAGGCCGACGGUCCAGGUGAAAAUAGAUUUUCCUCUGAGCUCAAAACAUAAUUCAGCCUGAUGCCUCUUCACCACUGCCCUUCAGUCGCUAUAAAGGGAUAGAGGGCUCUGCUACAUUUUACUGGUCAUAUUUUGGACAUCACAAAUAUAUGGAAAGAUUCGUGACUUUGCACAAAGUUUACUAAGUUAAAUCACCAAACACAAGAGGUAUUGUUGCUUAGGGCUUAUAUUCAGUUAUGGACAUUGAAGUUUUUAGUGAUUCAAGUUCAUAAUGAACCUAAUAGUAAAGAACAAAUCUGUUCUGCAAAGCAUUAAACAUAUGGUUAUUUAAGGUAGUGUGGUAGUUGUUUUUGAGUUCUGAGACCUCAUAAGCUGGAACCCGCUCUGAGAUAUCAGCUGCACCUUGGGUCCCCAGCCAGCCGUGGGUAUGCUGGGGGCCCAUGACGAAGGCCUGGCGGGCGCUGCCUUCUUCAGAGACGAGGGAGAAGCGGCACUGCAGCUAUGGGGAGAAGCAG